AUGGGGCCCCGAGUAAGUUCUGCGUUCCAGACGCUGAUGCUCAAGGAUGUCGCGUGGAGAUGUCAAAUGAUCGAAUCGGGGUUUCUCGGGCUGCACUCCCGCUCGGCAAGCCAAUUCUCGAGCGAGAGCAUCUGCCCUUUCAUUGCCCGCAACCCCCACGUGGCCCGGGCACCAGAUGACACUGCGACAAGCCACCUGUCGCUGCCCUGGCUUGACGAGGAAGCCCGCAACGAAGCAGCUGUCAUAGUACGGACCACACAGUUCGAGCCUUGGACAUCUGAGUUUCUCAUUGACACCGCAGGUUGGCCGUCGCUUCCACCUCUCAGCCCAAGACACAAGAAUAAAGUCCAGGCGAGCUCACAAGAACCUGCUCAUUUUUUCACAACUGCGCCAGGGAAGACGGACCUUUCCAAGGCUCAGAGGGAGCCAGCCAGCUCGAAAAGAAAUGUCCACAAUCAAGAACUGACAAGGAAAGGCUCGAGUGGUUCGCGGAGCCGGGAAGUGUUCGCUACGUUCCCUGUGCGCCCGCCGCGUCAAGGUCGUCGGUCCAGAGUACUGCCGACUGACCAGGAGAGUUUCAGCGAGGCCCACCAGGUAGCCCGUGCGUACUUUUCUACGGCCGUCAAGGGAUGGAUCGAGUCAGCCAGCGACUACAAGAACACUUUCCCGAACUGGCCGCUUGAAGACUCGCUGCUCCACAGGCACCUGUCUGCCGCGCAGUUGGCGCACUACGACUACUGGUGGAACUCGGUAUUCUUCCAAAUGGGAGCCUUCGCCGAGCCCAUUUUCUAUCCAGACGCCUCCAUGUCCGCGAACUACGGAGGGCUGGGUUUCUUGGUGGCCAAGAACCUCUUCAAGGCCUUCGACUUCAAGCGGGGCACCCGACUGGACGCCAAGCGCCUGUUUCGCGACUGGAUGUCCCAGUCUAGCCGGCGGUCGUACGAGCAUAAGACGGCGUGCGCAGGAGGCGACGACGAAGUGCUGGCUCACGUCGCCGCGCUGGAAAUUGCGUUCGCCGCGUUCUUCGAUUCGACGGCGGCGGAGCGCAGGAGAAGCGAGGAAGGCCAGCCGGAGCGCCACUUGCUUCCGGGCCAGAGCGAGACCUUGUCUCCCGAGAUGCUCUUCUUCCUCGUCUACUGUCGCGCAUUGUGCGGCUCACCGCUCGGCUGCGGAGAGGUCUUAAAGCGCGUCAAGCGCUUCGGUCACGCAUUUCGGUGUCGCGAGGACUCGCCGAUGGCUUCGAUGCCCAGCUGCACCUUCUUCGCGAACUGA